AUGUCGUGUUCGUCGUCGCCUUGUUCAGGGCAAUGUGGUGUUGGAGUAGCUGGCAGAGGGUGUGUGGUGUGUGUGGUGACCCCCAGGCUGCCCACUGUUACACCCUCCACCCACAAUUCUUUGGUCGCGCUAGUGCUCGUCUCCCUCACCCUCGUGCUCAUCUCCCUCACCCUCGUGCUCAUCCUGCCCCCACCCUCGUUUCGUCCUGCCCUCACCCUCGUGCUCAUCUCCCUCACCCUCAUGCUCAUCUCCCUCACCCUCGUGCUCGUCCUGCCCCCACCCUUGUUUCGUCCUGCCCUCGCCCUCUUGUCCAUCCAGCCCUUGCCUUUGCCCUCAUCCUACCCUUGCCGUCAUUCGUCAUUUCUCUCCUGCUGUGCUCGCUCCUGCGCCGUUCUGACGUUCAUAUUUGUUCCGCACGCCUGA